UGCGCUCGGUUGAAUCUCUUCACUUUGCCAUUCAGAACACUGAGCAGAAACUACAUUGUGUCAACACCGUAUCCGGCCAUCACAAUGCUGUGUUUUAAUUAAACAGUCGGGUCCCCCUUGUCCGCUCCAGUUCUGAGCCGGUUGUUCAACACACUAGGAAAACAGCCGCCAGCCCGAAAGCCAACGACCAUUCUCUCCGGCGCAGCAAGAGAUGCCCGACCGCUGGGCUGCAUCCGAUCCCCGAAACGUUACGACGCAGCCCAGCUUAGGCCGCCACAAGCUCUUUAAAAAGACCCCUAGGCCCAACCCUCAGAGCCAAUCUUUUUCCCGAAGUUACGAUUUUAUUUGCCGACUUCCCUUAUCUAUAUUCUUCUAUCAACUAGAAGCUGCUAACCUUGGAGACCUGAUACGGUUAUGAGCACGGACGAGGGUGCGAAUAAAUCUCUAGCCAGGAUUUUCAAGGGCUGUCGUGGGCGCACAGGACAUUUCAAAAAGUAAAGUGUUUUGCCAAGGCGUCCU